AUGUCGAGGGGAGAUCCUGAAAAGGAGCCAAUAAGGAUAGGUGUACUACUGGACCUAGUUCUCACAAACAAAGAGGGACUGGUGGAGGACAUUAAGGCUGGGAGUAGCCUUGGCUGUAGUGACCAUGAAAAGGUGGAGUUCAGAAUCAUGGGUAGUACACUCUUUUAUGAUCAGCCCAGCCCUCAGGAGUCCCAGACUUCGGAGGUAACAGACACAGUCUGGAUGAAGGAAGACUUGCCCUUGGUUGAGGAAGAUCGAGUUAGAGAUCAGUUAAGUAAGCUGGAUAUUCGCAAGUCCAUGGGUCCUGAUGGGACUCACCUGCGAGUGCUGAGGAAGCUGGCAGAACUUUGUUUGCCUGAGCCUGGACGUGAGCUGGUGCUCUCGUUAGCGGUUGCGGACUAUGCUGAGAAGGAGAAAGCUGCAGCCAAGGCCCUGGAGGAUGUGAAGGCCAACUUCUACUGUGAACUAUGUGACAAGCAGUACCACAAACACCAGGAAUUUGACAACCACAUCAAUUCUUACGACCACGCUCACAAGCAGAGAUUGAAAGAUUUAAAACAAAGGGAAUUUGCUCGAAAUGUGGCUUCAAAGUCAUGGAAAGAUGAGAAGAAACAGGAAAAAGCACUCAAGCGGCUCCACCAACUUGCAGAGUUAAGGAAGCAGUCAGAAUGCAUCACUGGGAGUGGACCAUUGCUUAAAGCCCCCAGAUUAGUUGUGGAAAAGCAGCAAUCGCCAGAUGGCAUUUUCCUGUACAAGGGUGGCAAAUUAACAGCCAGUUCUCAAAGAACUGCCCCUGGCGAGGGACAAGGUUUCUCCAGCAGCAUACUAGAGAAACAGAAAUUUAUCAUCAGCAGACAUCAGUACCCUACUGAAAGACCCCAUGCACUUGGAAAUCAAGUCUCACAAGUGUUCCCAGAGAGUACCAAUGUUCCUCAAAGAGCAGGAGUGUCUUUCUCAUUCUCUAAAAAAGUCCCUUUGAAGCUCGAGAACUCAGCAUCAGUCUUCAGUGAGAACUCUGAAGAAGGAAAUGAUUGUAGUGAAUCCCCCAACCAUAAAACAAAGCAAGCUCUUGAGGGCUGUCGUUCUGGCACAGUUUUGGAGGAGGACAUGAAAGCAAGCUUGAAUAAAGGGCCACCUACUACACCAGACCAAAUGGGUUUGGAUAACAGUGCAUUAAGUCAUGUAGCUGCAAAACCUAAAAUGCUGAAUGAAAAUGAUAAAAGUAGUGAUAGAGAAUUAGAAGAAAAGGUCAGUUCUCAUCCUUCAUUUCCUAACGUCAAAAUACAGCUUUCAAAUAUGGAUUUUUCUGGUUCAUUUCUGGAAACAGAGCAAGAGAAUAAAUCAAAUGAGUCUGAGCAAUUUUUAGAAACUCCCAUUUCACCUUCAUGCCAAGCUAGCAAUUUUUGUACACAGCCAAACGCCUACAAGUACAGCAAUGCUCACCUGCCUGACCGGUUACCUGAGCACCCACAAGAGCCAGAACCUCAGCUGGUAUAUGCAAGCAACAUUUAUGACAGUCCUGGGGUGGCAAAAAGAGAAAGAUGUUUGGAGAGUUCAGAAACCACAAAUGGGAAUAUGGAAACGCUUCCAAGGGAGACCAUGGUUAAAGAGGUUAAACCCCAGACAUUGCCUUUCCUUCAUGUAGUGAGCAAAGAUGGCACUACUGCUCUGCAGUGGCCCACAGAAUUACUUCUGUUUACAAAAACUGAGCCCUGUAUUUCAUAUGGGUGUAAUCCAUUGUAUUUUGACUUCAGACUCUCUUUAAAUCACAGAGAUGGUAAACAGCAUGAAACAAACAAAGAAAGCUGUAACGAGCACUCUAUAAGUAAGACUGCAGAUGAAAAUGAAGCCUCAGGUUUAAUAAAACACAAGCAAAUGUCAAAUGAACAAGAUAAUCAGUCGUUGAAACCAAAGAAGAUGAAAGGUUCCCUAAAUCCGAGAAAGGCCAAGCAAAAGGCUGAAUCAGACAUGGGGAAAGAAAUGAAUGAAAAUGGUCAGAAAUGCAUUGCAGAUUAUUUGAAUGAAAACAUACCCAAAGUGCCUGCUUACCUUGAUGUCUCACAAAAGGAUCAUGUGACAGAAAAAAGUCCUCACACAACAACACUGAGAAGACCUUUAAAACAUCACCGCUGUGAAAGGAAAAAACAGAACAUUAGAAAUGAAAGCAUACCCUUUUCUGCUUUUAUGUCUAGCAUUAAGAAGUCUAAACCUGCAAAAUGUCAUUUAAUUUACUGUGAGGAAAAACGUGAAAACCUAAAUGACUGCAGAUCCAUUCAAGAUGUGGCCAGCUGCAGCAGUGACAUAAGUGACAGUGGAAAAGACUCCACUGGAAGUUUCCUUAGUUAUAAAUCCAAUUCAAACAGCAGGUAUGCAGAAAAUGAAGGAUGUGGAAAUUACCUGAGAUGCUGGAGAUGCCCAUCUACUCAAAAGUCCUCCUCUGAUAGACAUUCCAGCUAUUCUGACACUUCAGUUAAUGGUACAAGUGGUUGUAUGGAUCCCGCAUCAAACAACCACAGCAGAAAUCAUUUGCUUUUUUGUUGUAAAAGACAAAGCAAGACAGCUGAAAGGCACAAAUGUAAACACAGAAAGCACAAGUGUAUUUUCAUUUCUCAUGAUACAGAUGAGGAUUAUCUUUGUCACAGUAGAAGUCAUAGAACUAGAAACUGUACACAGAGGGGCAAAAUUAAACAUCGAAGAUGUUCAAAACAUAAAGUCUUACGACACAGAGACAGAUCUAAACACAGUAGACGUAGACACCUGCAUUUUGGUAAAGUGUAUAAUAGAAGUAGAAGCCACCAUAGCUCCAAAAGUUGUUCCACCAGAGAUUCAAGAAGCAGCGAAAGAUCAUCUAGUAGCAGAAUAUCCAUAGGUAGCAGUUCGGGAUCCUUCCCAAAAGAAACUGACUGUUGUGAUAAUAAAACAAAAGGGGACACUGAAAGAGGUUCUAACAUCAAAGAGGGAAAAGCUGAAACUGCACAUUACAAGUCUCGGAAUGUGAAUGGUCAGUCAAAAAACUUUGCCACCUGCUCUUCUGAAACCCUGGCCAAAGAUAUCUGUGGAAGAAGGAAGUCACUGACAGCCAAGUUACUUUUAGAAAGAGUGCAGUCCAAGAAAACCCAGGAACAAAUGCACGAUUUAGAGAGAUUUCCAGACACUUGUGGAGGGGAAUUAAAGGAUCACUCACGAGGUCACUUUGCUCUUCAGUUCCCAUCAUCAGUAGAUGAUAUUACUAUGUUACCUUUGCCAGAGAAACUGCUAAGCAUCAGUAAAAACGACAUGGGGCAUAAUGAAAUCAACUCAUUGGAAACCAGUCUGAAGAAAAACAACUUUCCAGCAUCAGAGAUAAGUAAUGUCGCUUUUUCAACAGGCACUGAUUGUGAUCGUUGUCUUUAUAAAGACAUCAUUCAAAUAGGAACAGGCUAUCAGACCCCAAGCAUAAAAAGGAACACGGCAAUAAAGGAACAGUCCAAUCUCUUCAUUAGUGAAGUGAAACCCUUUAUACAAAGCUGUGACCCAGUACCAAAUGAUUUCCCUGGUGCUUUUCCCUCUAAUAGAUAUUCUGUUAUUGCUAAUUCAACAGAGACCAAAGAAGAACUACAUGAUGUAAACAUGGACUCUAACCGGGCAGAAGGCUCUCUUUGUGACAAUGCUAUGCAGAAGUGUGAUGACGCAAUGAAUGACCUAGAAGUGUACAGUAAAUCCACCUCCGCUCCUUUAACGCAGCAGCCUAUCAUGUUCUCACCAGAGGAGGUAGACAAAUACAGGUUGCUGCAGCUGCAGGCCCAGCAGCAUAUGCAGAAACAACGUCUGGCAAAACACCUGAAAGUUUUGUCUGCCCCAGGACCAGCUGCCUUCUCUGCAACACCAGCAGUGGCUGCCCUCCCUGUUGAGCAGCACGCUACCAUCACCACCAUCCACCACGCGCUGCUCCAGCGCUUCGCCGUCUCGGCCUCCCUACAUCCCCACAGCAACCAUCUCUCCCUGGCACACCUCCACCCCCUCUCUCAGGCGCAUUUUGCCCCCAUAUCACUUUCCCCACGACUCCCAGCCCUCAUUCCCACCCAUCCUUCCUUGCUGACAGGACACCCAUUGCACUUGGUCUCCACCACCCCCCUCCACCCUUCCCCACUGACCUUCCCCACACUACCACACGCUGCAUAUAUCCCAGCCUUAUUUACUCCACACCUGAAUGCAGCCACGCCAUCUGCUAUACAUCCAAAUCCCUUAGUUCAUCCGUUAUUCCAGGGGCAAGAGCCCCACCAACAUUCUUGCUCUAGCCAGACCCAACAGUUACCUACAAUAAAAGAAGUUUUCAGUGUUUCUAGCUAUUUAAACUAGCCCAAACGAUUACACCAUGGCUCCAAACCCAAAUUUGAAUAAAAUAAAUUAUUCAGUGUUCAACCACAUGUCUGAGGGGAAAUCUACUGUUUUGCUCAAAGCACAACAGCAAAUAUUUUAAAGUCCACAUUCUGGUUGACAGCAUAUGAACGUUGACUUAGUUUUCGUAUCACUGAGUGCUAAAAUGUUUUAUGACACUAUCACAAGGAGGACGGUGUCCCUCCCUUUUACAGAAAGUUUGUAAAGAACAGCCUGAACUGAAGUCUGUGGCUGUCAGUAGGAAUGGGACCACAGCACCCAGACACAAUGGGACCAAGAAUGAGUGAUUUUAAAUAGCUCAAUUUAAGGUAGAGUAGUCUUGACACACCUCAAAGGUUUGCUUUCCUGAGCGUGGCAAUGGCAAAGUACUUGGUCUGGUUGUGGUACUUCAGACUGGGGCAAAAAGAAGGUAUCGGGGACCACAAGUCCCUGGUUCUGUCUCCCACUCAGAAUAAACUGGGGAGCCUCAGAGUGAGGGAUGAUGACUUAACACUGGAAGAAGAAGGUCACAGCAACAUCUCAAAGACACUUAGACCCUGGGAUAUGUCGGUUGGGCAGCAUAAAGGGACUGCAGCCUGGCCACGGGUACAAAAGGUUCCCUCAGCGUAGGGGGCUCUGUGCUGGCACAAGCAGGCUGAUACUGCUCCCUGAGCCAAGCACCCAAGAUGGGAAGGGAAAGGAGGGGAUGAAGCCAGGUUCUUUGGCGUUGGCUGCAGUACAGGGUAUGUCAGGGGUUGCAAGGCAGCUGGCUCUGGCUUUGAACACCAGAGGUCCUUGGCCAAGACUGAAACACUUCCUCCCUACCAAACAGAGCUCUGAUGUGUGAGAAAAGUCCUGCCCAAAGAAUGUGGAAAUAUGUUUCAUUCCUUUCACACACAACAUAAACAACCGUCUGGUCCUACAAAAUCAUGCCGAUAUUCGUAAAAAUGCAAAAGUAGAAUUCUGAGCAGAAUUCUGGCUCUCCAGGACAAGUCUUAGAGAAAGCCACGCCACAGUUCUCAGCUUUUCAAGGUAUAUUGAAUCUAAACAAAUAUUUAAAGAGUCUCGCAUGGCUUCCCCAACUCUCGACAUACCAAUUGAAGUUCUGAAUCUGCAAUAUAUGAAUGCAUGUAUCCAACCUUCAGGGUAACACGUGGUUGAAAUUGCUAGUAAUAACUGUGUAUCUGGAAAUAGGUAAGGGCAUCUCCUUGAAUGGCACAUUUUCAUUAUUUUUAUAAUAUUUCCCAAAUCAACAUGGGAUAUUUAGCAUGAAAUUAAGUUCAUAAUUGUGGUUAGACUGUGGCAUGUUUCCCAAUAUAAUUGGGCAGUGAAGUGUCUGACAGAGAGCAACCUUUUGUUUGGAUUAGAAACAUUUGAAAUAAUCUCAAUUCAUUUGCAAAAAUGCAGUGCACAAUUAAUAAUGUAUCUUUCAGAACUGAUUUAAAACACAUUAAAAAACUUUUGGAGGAUUUUAUUCUGUUAUAUACAGCUAUCUGAAUAAGCUGAGAAAUCUAGUUGCAAUUAAGUUCAGUAUUUAAAAUACAAUUUAGGACCAAUUUUCUAACGCAGUUGUAAUCAAACUAGACUGAUCUAUUGCAAUAAAAUGGAAUUGUUUUAAUUUCUAAAAUCAGCUUCUUCAGCGUAAACUGGUAUUAUGCCAAACUUUUCAAGUGGCUUUACAAGUUACGACUGCUCAUUUUGUAUCUUCAAAGGUAAAGUUUCUUUGGAUACUUAACAUUUUAGACAUCGAAUAAAGAUGUCAGGAAAAAAUCUGGAGACUGAGCAGAAGCAAAACAUUUUUGUAUUGACAAAGGCCGGUGAAGCCAUCUUUUUGUUCGAUUCCCAGCUGAUUUAUAAAUUUAAUUAAUAAAAUGGAUACAUUUGAUAUCUUUCUGGUUCAGUUUUCUCAUUUAAAUCAUAGGGAACUUCUUCAAUUGAAAUUAUUUCUUCAGAACUAAGGAAGUCAGAAAUUUUCUUUGGGAAAGAUGUUAAAAAUAAAUAUUUUCACAGUUUUAAAAUCCUUCCUUUCAUUUUUGGCUGAAAGUCUUCCCAAAAUUAGAUCUGAAUUUACAUAUAAUUUCAAUAAUUAUGAAAUUUUAUUUAUUGAGAAUCAAAUAUAUUUCACUGAAUGUGGCUUAACAACUCUCAAAAUUAGUGCUUGAUUGCUUGGAUGGGAAUCCCUCACUCAGGGGACCACUUGGAAACGUUAGUUAUAAUUCUGUAGAAACACUCUGAAUUAGAUCUUUCAAAGGAGCGUGUCAGCCUGUGCCCCAGAAGAGGCUGAUUGAGCUGCACAGCCAUCACCACCAGUUCAGGGCUAAUACCAGCCUAAAGGAUGCAUUUCCAGCCCUACAAACUUUUAAAUUUAUAGGCCCAGUUCCAUUUCUUUUUAAGGGAAAGCAGCUGUUGUCAUUGUAUAUGAGUUCAUUUGAAUUCUAAGCAGAUAAUACCAAGAGAAAAAAUGGGGAAGAAAAGAAAUGGUAGUCCAAUCUCAUCUUUAAUACAUACACACAUAUUUUGUAUCCCUGCUUCUCAUAGGCAAUGUUAAAGUUGUAGAAAUUCCUAUGGCAAAAAACCUGACCAACUGAAACUUAGUAAUAUCCCACUAUAUAGAUAGUUUAUGGAAAAUAGAUAUAUAAGUUUUCCUUAACAUAGACACAAUAAAAUGGGAUUCUAGGAAGGAAUCAAAUCAUAGGAUGUCCGUGCAUCUUUGUAUAUACCAACAAGGAUGAUCGGGUAAGGCAAAUGAAUGGACAAUAAAGACUAAAUUUAAUUCUUGGAACAAUGGGAAUUAGGAAUGUGAAAAGUAUUGAUGGGAGAAAAAAAAAAAAAAAAAAAAAGGAGAUUAAGAAGGAACAGAAGCAGCACAAUAGCAAAACAGCAAUCAUUGACUACCAACAAAGGGAAUGUCCAAUAUCAUUCUUAAUACACUAAAGGGAUUUUCUUGGAGAAAUGUAAUAAAAUUAUCAGCACAGCUGACAUGAUAUAUUUGCUCUACUUGCUGUCAUGGGUUUUUUUAAUCAGUAAUGUACUUUAAUUAUAUACCAUUAUUAUUAUUAAAAGCAUAAUUGAGCCUGACAUAUGGAGCCAUGUUACAAUUUUUAUUUUAUUUAGACUGAUUUUUAAAAGAGUUGCAGUAUCCUUGUGGCAGUAAUAUAUACACUCCAAGUUAAUAAUCUGAUUUAGCUUGAUUGUAUAUUCUUGGUACAUAACCCAAGGAAACAAGUCAUCCACACUGUAAAGUUCGAAUAACAAAAGUUUCCUGAAGUACACAAUGAUAAAAAUUUUUGGGUUUUGUUUAAUUUUUUUUUUUUUUUUUGGUAACUGAGGCACUUCUGGAAUACAUUUAACAUGUAUAUUUGUUGUGCAGAUUUGCAUUAAAAUGCCAUUUGACCAGAUUGAUUUUAAAAGUGUUAAGUUUAUAUUUAAAACUGGAUAAUACUCUGGCUAGUAUAAUAUGUAAACUAGUAAUUUUGGUUUGUAUUCUCUGUAUAAAGUGUUUUAUAUUAUACAGUAGCUAAGUGAAUUGCACUAUUGUACAUGCAACACAGCUUUUUUUUUAGGUUAUUCAAGGAAUUCCUGGGAAUGUAGUUUAAUGCAAUAAUAUUUUUUUUCAAUAAAAAGGCUUACUAGUA